AAACGAAAUCCACUUGAAAAGCCACAAACCUCACUCACCCAGUCACCCUUUUCACCUCUUCCUCCUUAUCUUUCUUCUUCUUCUUCCAUUACACUAAUCAUCUAUUACUACAGUACUACUUGUAUUGAACAACAGCUUCUAACAUUUUUAAGCUUGCUUUCUUUCUUUAACAAUGGCUGCCCUUUCUCUUCCCAAACAUUCCCUUCCUUUUACUCUUCCUUCCCAAACCCCAAAACCCCAUUCUUCUCAAAACCUCUGCAUCAUCUCCAAUUCAACUCAAUCCCAAUUUUGUGGCCUCAAGUUAUCACACCCUUCUUCUUUCUCUUCCCCCUUUUCUUCUCGUUCUUCCAAAUCCGCCAUUGUUAGUGCCAAGGUUUCUGAAGGUAGUCAGGCACCUGCAUUUACUUUGAAAGAUCAAGAUGGAAGGAAUGUGAGCUUGACUAAAUUUAAAGGGAAGCCUGUUGUUGUCUAUUUUUACCCUGCUGAUGAAACCCCUGGUUGCACCAAACAGGCUUGUGCUUUCAGAGACUCAUAUGAAAAGUUUAAGAAAGCAGGGGCAGAGGUUAUUGGUAUCAGUGGUGAUGAUUCAUCGUCUCACAAGUCAUUCAAACAGAAGUACAAGCUUCCUUUCACUUUGCUAAGUGAUGAGGGUAACAAGGUGAGAAAAGAGUGGGGAGUCCCAUCAGAUCUCUUCGGAGCUCUCCCCGGGAGACAAACCUAUGUCCUUGACAAGAAUGGAGUUGUCCGGCUUGUUUACAACAAUCAAUUUCAGCCUGAGAAGCAUAUUGACGAGACCCUCAAGUUUCUACAAAGCCUUUGAGCAAGAUCUCUGAUAGCAGAUUCUGUGAAUCCUUCUCUCCUCUCUCUUCAAAUUAGCAACCCCGAAUCCUUGAUUCUCCAACGUCUUAGAUCUUUCUCUGCAGUAAUUGUGAUUAAUUCUGUAUACUAUUCCCAAAAUUUCUAUCAACAAUUAAAUGCAAUAAAAGUUGAGAAUAUCAGAAUUCGGCAGAUAUUUGCUCACUAUUAUCAGCA